GCUGUCCAACGCCGCCUCGGCCGCCCGGGCGGAGACCACGAACAACAAGUACCUCUCUACUCCACAGAUGCUGUCGAAGAUGAACGCGCAGGUAAGGGAUAAGUGGAAUCUCCGAGAUCGAGCGAGGUACUGGGAGCAGAGGGUGGAGGAGUCCGCGAAGGACGACAUCGUCAUUCACCCCGGGGAGGACGAUGAUCAGGGCCGUCGGCUACACGAGGCUCUGAAGACCGAGGACGUGGAGGAGCUGUUCGCCGACAUCCCGGAGGAUUCAUAUGAGAGGGCGCUGGUCGACCACAUGAUGGACCGCAACGAGCGCGAGGGGCCCAAGAAAGGUUGGCGCUACUCACCGAAAGUGGUUCGGUGGUAUUGUUACGCCUUGGCGAAGAUGGGCAAGGCUGGGUACGCGCUCAUCCGAGACAUCCUUCAUCUCCCGAGCAUCUCUACCGUCAACAGGGCCAGGAGGGCGGGUCGUGGGACGGCCACUUGGGGACUUCAGCACGACCUGAUUGAGGCGCACGGGAAGAUGGCUGCCGAGGAGAACCUGGGUAGGUUCGACCUCGCUGGCAUCCUUUGCUGGGACUGUAUGCACCUCAACACCAACGGCUUCACAGUGCGCCCGAAUGGAGGAGGGAUUUCUGGCCUGGUGUCCGGUGACUCAGUCUUGUACCACCCGCUGGAGGCCGUGCAAGGUGUUGACAAGACCAUCAGCUUGGAAGACACCCUCGAGACGUUCAUGGCGACCCAGUACCUGGAGGUGUGGUGGGUUAGCAUCGGGAACCCGAAGUACAAGUUCUGCGUCUACCGGGAAGCGGUGAGGGGCCUGAGCGGGCCCAAGAUCUCGCGCAUGCUCGAUGAGAUCAUGCUCAGGUUGUACGAGGCCCAUCCGGACAAGAAAAUCGACGUCAUCGGCACCGUCUGUGAUGGUGCCGGCGAGCACCGUUCAUUCCAGACGAAGCUCGCCACCUCAACCUUCGGUGAGUGGGCCGAUCCGAAGUCGCGGUUGGAGGAGCGCUUCGCGGACUUCCCAAUGGCCUUCAACCACCCCCACCAUGGCGAACCGGUGUUCAACAUGUCCGGCCCCCCGCAUCUCCUGANGGUCGUCAACGCUCUUUGGUACAGCAGCCUCCCCAGCAAGCAGCGGCACCUCAAGAACCUGUUCUGGAACCGCGACACGGAGGAGUUCGAGUGGGUGUCGUUCUCUCUCAAGACCCUGGAGACCGUAUGGGUAAACGAGGAGCGCGGCGGUGGGUCUCUUUCAGCGGCGGAGGUGGCUUCGAACCUCCGCCGUUUCCUCAAGUUCGAGCCGGAAAUGCUGGACAGGAACAGCCACAACUGCAUGAGCGUGAGGCUGUCGGCCAAGUGCGUGUCCCGGACCGCAGUUUACGUCUGUGGCUGCGCCCAGGAGAAGCUCGCUUCUCCCAACGGAGAAAUCGCGUGUUACGCGGAGCUGGCCGAAGUGAUGAACGACUUCUUGGAUAUCAUGAACGGCGUCUACGGGCUCAACGAGGUGGAACGCAAGCAGGGGGGGAACAAGCGCAAGGGGUACAUCACCGGCGCGGACAGCCCUCUGUUGGGAAGGCUCUUGGAAAUCCUUGAGUUCUUCGACUCGUGGCAGGUCAGCCUCGAGGCGCACUUUGGCCCAAAGGAGUGGGCGAACCACUUCAUCACCGACUACUCGUGGACCGACAUGCGCACAACAAUCCUUGGAUUCGUGGCGAUGUGUCGCUAUGUGUUCAAGGACGAGGACCUCGUGAGCGGGGGGCGCUUCUUGUACCCCCGCAUGUUCAGCCAGGACAUCCUCGAGCACAGGUUUGCGCACAUCCGGUCUGGUCGGGGGACGCACAAGAACCCGACGGCCAUGCAAGCGAUCGAAGCUGCAAGGGCUGGAGACACCGCGCGGAUGUUCCAUGGCACAAGGCGGCGCAACUCUUCGAGGUCGGCUGGUAUGGCGUUCCAGCUCGAAGAUUCGCAGGGAGUGCGCGCUGCAUUCCCUGCGAACGCUUCUGAGCGCGCCCAAGUAGUAAGAGCCGAGACGCGGGACGACGCACACCAUGUUUUCGAGAGUCGCAGUUUCAGAUGUGCCGAGGGCUGUCCGUUGUGCUGGCUUUAGUGCGGUUGGGUGUCAGCGUAGGUAGCGACAUGCCCAGCAGCCAUGGGCACUUCGACUUCACGUUUUCUUCUACAUUUCCCCCCGGACUUGGUUGUACCAUGCACGUGCUCAGCCCGCAGGUUAUAUAGAUGGUGUGUGUGCGGUUGUGUUGUUUUCGGUGUUUGGCAUUAUGUCCUCGUUUGGGCGAUCGGAUAUUUUCAGUUUCUGUUCAUGUGCGCUCUCUUCCAUUUUUUUUUUCGUGGGGCGGGGCUUAUUCCUGUUUUGUGCUGUCGUGUGGCCGACUAUUCGUGUUUGCUUGUCUUUCGGCAUGGAAUAUUUUCGAGACGCAUGUUUUUGAGGCGCGUGGCGCUCGAUGUCUACCGGGCUUUACUUUGUGACGUUUGGUGUGGAGGGAUCUCGAUCGGAGUCUAGGUACAUAGCUGAACCUGCCCCGUCACCCUGAGGUUUUCGAUUUUAUUUGUUUUCUCGUUAUUUAUGGCACUGCUAAAUUAUCGUGAGCAGUCUCAGCUGGUUCCUUGCAGAUGACAAUGCAGUGGAGUGUAGUGUUAUGUUGAGCGGCCGAACGGUCGUGUAGGUUCAUGUAGUCGAUCGACACCCACGUGGUCCAACAGCACUGCUUGAUGUAUGUGGAUGCUCCCUACAACGACAUACGUGUUGGAGUCAUUUGUGUGGUACGCGGGCGUGGGAUUGGAACGGAAAAAUCAUUUCGAGGAUGAGCCAGGGCCCGUCGUGUCCAGUGUUGGGCACGCUGUCACGAAAGAGCGUAUGGGAGGAGCUCCGCACGAACACACCGGACAGUUUCGUGUUUCCAAGUGUCAUGACAAAAGGCGAUGGGCCGCAGUUGGUAGUAAGAGGGUGAUCGCCUCACCGAGGGACACAAACGUACAAGCAGGAGGUAUUUCGCCUUUCGUCCCCAUCUAUAUUUUACAAAAACGCACACAAACUGCCGUGAUGGCCGAAGAAGGAAGGGGGAUUCAAGAAGCCGUCCCCACCGUUGAAACCCGUACGCUAUGCUUCCUCUCGGUGUUUAUUUUCAUUUUACAUGUUAUCCUGCCCUACAUACAACUGACAACGAGCACAACCCUGCCGGUCGCGGCAGGGACCGGCCGGCAUCUCCGACCCACCCAACCGCCAGAAUAGUCUAUCUAACCAUAACCCCUGCUACAUCACUCAUCCAAACCAGUUGUCCGGUGGAUUUAUCGCUGGCUUGAGAGCUUCCAGACUGGGGUCUUUUGAGACCCCAGCGCGCGGUGCGUAAGUCUUCAACAUCUGCUUAAGCUCGUGCUUCGAAAACUUCGUCGGCGCCUUGCCGCGGCAUUCCUUGAUAUAGUCUCUGAGAUCAACAACCGUCAACCUCGCCGAGGUUUGGGGGCCGACGAACUUGUUCAGUUUGUCCUGACACGCCCUCUAUUCAGGGGUAAAUACCUUCGGCCCCUUGGGUGCGGAUUUGCUUGUUGGCGCAUGACGACCGGAACUACUGCCAACUCCCGCCUUCAACUUGUCCCUCAACGCCAUCUCUGCUUUUCGCUUUUUCAACGUCUUCUUUAAGCUCGUCAGCUCUUUGGCGAAAGCGAAGAUGCGGCAGUUGUGCCACUUCGACAAAAACAAAGCGAGCAGCUCGUCACAUUGCUUCUUGUGCCCCUUCCCCCCUGCGGGUCCGAGGUUAGGAUCCUCUACCCCACGUACACACUUCGCCCAUGCCUCCUUCACGGGACCCGCCAUGGACACCACCCUUUUUACUUCCGACGGGGAAACCUCCCAAAUACGUCGCCAACAGGGCGGGGUUUAGCAUCGAGAAUUUGUACCCAACCUCAAGUGCACGAACGAACAGGUAAAAGUCCUUCGACGGAAAGAUAAGACCCUUCCCAUCAAUCCGAAUGUUCCUCUCCUCGACCACAAGUUCCAAAUCCCUCAACUCAGGAUGCUUGUUUCGGAAUUCCGCUGCGGACUCAUACUUAUGGCUAUUGACAAACGGGAGGAAUUCCGGUCCAAGAGAACGCUGUCUCUUCACCCGCGAAAGAGCGGAACUCAAAAGCCACCCCCCAAUGUUGAACACGAGGCGCUGCUGGUGAACAUUCAUGUCCACGUGGCUAGUAGGAUAUGUCACUUUGAUGAGAUGGGCAUCGGUCAAGCGGUCGACGAGGAUCUUGUCAGCGACCU